GUAUGCUUUGCUGUUGGCCAGCCGCCAGCAUCUACACCUUUGCUUCACUGAUAUUUCAAUGAAGAGAUGGUUUGAGAUUUUGAGAGAAAUUAACGAGGCUUUUUUUCAUCACUUCUCUCUCUCAGGAGGGGAAAAGGGUUUUGUCAUUCUUGGAGGAAAAGAUCGGUUGUGAUGGAGGAAUUUGAAACAACAAGGAGGCGGCAGGUGGAUGUUCAUUAUAUGAAUGCCGGCAUACCUCGCACAAUCGAAGAGAAUCUCGAAGGGUAUUAUUACCUUGAACACGAGGAUCUUCCGCUCGAAGAGGUUCUCCAAGAUCAGGAGAUUCUGUACCGGUCUUUCCAAACAAACACCGAGAAUGAUACGACCGAAGCUUAUGAAAGUUCUCAUACUAGCCCCAAUACUGACCAAAGUGAUAGUGAGAUCGUCCAGAAAGAGGGAGAAUAUUCACAGACCAAUGAUGUGGCGGCACAAAUAGCAUUGGAUGAAGCUUUAGCUAGAACUAUGCAGGAGAUGGAGAAUCACGAAUUCGCUGGAACUUCAAUUACUGAAACUGCUGGGACAACAGCUGAAACUACCUCUUCGGCGUCUUCCCCUAUCAUCGGAGAAUCGAGCUCCAUAGACACCACUGUGGUUUCAAGAGAAGAUGAUAUCGACCCUGAUAAUAUGACUUAUGAGGAAUUGGAAGCAUUAGGAGAAGCCAUUGGCACUCAUAGUAGAGGAUUAUCAGACGAGUUAAUUUCUUACUUGCCAACUUUCAAGUACAAAACAGGAAUGUUCUCGAAAACAGACAAACAUGAAUGCGUGAUUUGUCUUAUGGCAUACAAAAAACGAGACAUUGUGAUGACCUUGCCUUGUCAGCAUCCAUUUCAUUCUGAUUGUAUCAGUCAGUGGCUGCAGCACAAUAAGGCAUGCCCGAUAUGCUAUGAGGAAGUAUUUGGUUCUUGAUAUGGAGGAAAGCUGCAUUGAAGGGAAUGAGCUUAGUUUUAGAGGUAAAAGCUUAUUAUAUGGAUUGAAAUGUAAAUAAUCUAGUACAUGACUUUUAUGGGUGUAGAGGUUUUUGAACUGAUUUCAUGAGAUAUGUUAUGCAUGGAUUGAAAUGUUAGUGAAAUGUAGCACAUCGGCCACCCAAAAAUUACACUGCUUAGAUUGCUUUCUUUUU